CUUGAAUAACAAUGCAAUUUAUCAUUAAGAGCACGAAAAAUCUUUCUAUGAUCUAUACCUUAUAUUAGUGUUCUGUUCUGUGAUGUAGAAUAUUCUAUGAUAGAACCAUAACAUAACCUCUAUGUUAUUAACGUUCACGUCGGUAACUGGCAAAUAUAAUACAAUCAUUUGUGUUAUUCACAAUAAAAUAUAAUAUAUUGUAUCUUGGUGUGUGCAAAUAAAAGCAGAAAUUCAUUAAAUAUGAAUGAAAAAAGUGAAAUUCAAAGAAACCCAAAUAAAAGAAAGAGAAAGAAGUCAUUCUUAAAAAAUGCACGAAAAUAUGCUAAAAAAGGACAUUUUGGUUGUGGGAGUCGACUGGAAAGUGAUACAUACGACUAUUUUGUCAAAAUAAUGGAAGUGUUCAGAGAAGGAUUCGAUAAUGAUGAAGAUAAAAGAAUAUUUGUGGAUAAUGUUUUCCAACAAACUGACAACCAGGAAAUUCAAUGUAGUUGUAAUCAAGUAGGCUGUAGGGUCAUAGAAAUGUUGUUACCAUUCGCAAAUGACAAUGUAAUGAAAAAAUAUAUGGAUAGCUUUGGUAAUGAAUUACGUCCACUUUGCUGUGAUAAAUUUGCCAGUCAUGUACUGGAAGAACUGGUCACACAGAGUUGUGCACGUUCCACUCAAAGUAAUGAUAUGAAAGAAGAAUACAAGGAAUUCACAUUGAAAAUAAGCAAAUUUUUACUUAAUAAUCUCGAAGAUUAUAUUUGGGACACUUAUGGAAAUCACAUCAUGAGAACUUGUUUACAAAUUUUCUCCAACAUACCUAAGGAUGACCCUAAGUCCAAAGAUAGUGGAAAAAACUCUAAAAAGGAAAUAGAAGAAGCUCCAAUUGUUCCUGAAUAUGCUGAUGUUGUCAUUGAGUAUGGAGAACGUCUUCUGACUUGGCCACAGUUUCCUGAUCUCUGUAAAAAUGAAAAGACUUCAGGUUUUCUUCAAAUUCUUCUAAAGGCUUUGAAAAAACUAAGUCCUAAACUUCUUAAAAAGUAUAUGAAGAAACUUUUGGAGUGUUUCACACCGGAGGAUGAAAACAAAGACUCAAAUAAAUUAUUACCAGUCUUUCUAGCAACAAGCUCUAUAAUGGUUCUAGAAACUUAUUUGCAGGUUGCCCCACAAAAAUACCUAUCAAAAAUUUAUGUAAAAUGUUUUGCUGGAAAAUUAUUCAAAUUAUCCACUAUAAGGAACACUAACUUUGCUGUACAAAAACUAAUUACCCAUUGUCAAGAAAAGAGUGAGUUUGAAUCGAUUUUUGAUGAAUUGGCAGAUCAUUUUGCCAACAUUAUUCAGGAAGGACACACAGGAAUAAUAUGGGCCAUUGCUGAUGGAUGCAAAAGAUUAUCUUCGAAACAAGGUCCAUUUGUGAAUAGUCUUAUGAAGGCAUUUAAUUGCUUGGAGCCAGAAACAAGACAAUCCUCACUUAUUAUUUGUUUGGCAAGAAUGAAAACAUUCGAGGACUGUGCUUCAUCCAGUUUGAGCAAUGAAGAACUGCAAAAAACUAGACUCAAUUUGCAUGGAACACUAAUACUUCAAAUUCUGCUGGAAUUCAAUAAACCUAUAAAAAUUGUCAAUAGUAUACUUGAAAUGGAUAUAAACAACUUAAAAGCUUUGAUGUCCAACACACAGGGAAGUCAUAUAGUGGACUCUUUUGUGAGGAGUACAUAUGUUGGUGAAAAAAGUCGGGAAAAAUUGGUCAGGAAAAUGAAGGGCACCUAUCAGGAUUUAGCUUCCACAAAAUUUGGUUCUAGAUCUUUUGAAGCAAUUUGGAAUGCUGCAGGUUUAAAGCAUAAAAUGGCUAUUAUGGAUGAGUUGAGCUAUAAAGAUGGUCUGUGGUCAAAUUCGGAACAUGGAAAAAUUAUUUCCAAUAAAAUUCAUUAUCCAUUGUACAAAAGAAAUAAAGAAGAGUGGAAAAAUAGUUUCAAUAACAAAAAAGAUGCUGUAAUCAAACUUUUGGAAGAAGUUGUGAAAUAAAUUUUAUUUGUAAACUCGAGACUAAUGGAUAAGAUGGAAGAUAAAUAAUUUGAAGAAACUGUUAUAUAAUUGUUUUGUAAAUAAAUGUACAUAACAUAAAA